CGUCACUACCAAAUUACCAUCACUCUCAAACCGUGAAACCGUAACCGCCUUUUUUACAAGUCGCCAGUCGGUGAGCGCUCACAAAACACACGCAAGUGUUCUCAAUCUUGAUCUCAAUAUUCUCAACCCCGCAACGAUCAAUUCUUUUACUAUCACAGAGAGAUUAUCAUCUUGAACGACGUCGCAACUCGCGAUGCCGAAGAAAAUGGGAGUGAACAGCAAGGCCGAGGAGGCUAGGGCUCGGAAGAGCGCGACCGAAGCAGACCGCAAGGAGCGCGAGGCACGAGAGAAGGAGGAGCAGUACUGGCGCGAAGCCGAGGGGGCGAAGUCGCGCGCCGCCAAGAAGCGUGAGGAGGAAGCGGAGAAGCGCGCUGAGGCCUCGGCGCGCCGGGCGGAGGCGCGGCGACAGGCGGAGCUGGAGGAGAAGGAGCUCGAGAAGGCGGCGAGGAAGCCGGACAAGAAGGCGGCCCGGGUCUCGAUCCCGGUCCCGAAGGUGACGGAGGCCGAGCUUAGGCGCCGGCGCGAGGAGGAGCAAGCCGAGCUGCAAAGGAAGGCCGAGGAGGGGAAGAAGCGGCAGAGCAGGACCGCGGCGGAGGAGGAGUACGAAAGGAUGGUGCUGGUGCAGAACACGAAUCGCGACGAUUCAAUCCUCGAGGCGAGGACGGUGGAGGAGGCAAUCACGCAGAUGACCGUCGCCGAUAGCUUGCCGGUGGAUCGCCACCCUGAGAGGCGGCUCAAAGCCUCCUUUAAGGCUUUUGAGGAAGCUGAGCUCCCCAAGCUGAAGGAAGAGAAACCAGGUCUUACUCACACUCAAUACAAGGACAUGAUAUGGAAGCUAUGGAAGAAAUCUCAGGACAAUCCUCUUAACCAGAUUGCUGAAUGAGUGAUCACAGCUGCAUCUUCGGCCCAGAACAGCAGGCAGGUUUCAUUGGGGAUUGUCAAGGAGUACUGCAUUUUGAUGUGUGGCAGAUCAUUCGUGAUUCAUAUGCUAUAUGUGGUUUCUGGCCUGUUGUAUGUAUAGUGUCCGCUUAUACUUAAUAAAAUCUGGAUAGAGAAAGACAAUGCUAGCCAUUGUCUCUAGCCUAUUUUGGUUACAGUUGUACUAUAACUUUUUUUUUCCCCAACAAACAACUGAUUGGUUUAUAUGCAGAGAAAUGGUAUUGCAUGAAAUUGGAGUAAUAAUAUUUCCUUUGUUGCGAAA